AUGGCUACCCCUAGCGUUCUCGUCUUUGAUGCUGAGGGUAGGGCUGUUGACUUUGAGGUCUGGGUCGAUGAUCUACAGCUUUUCCUACAGUGCGAUAGGAAGGACGGUCUCUUAGUGUUCGAUCUCACGUCUGGCGCCUCUACUGCCCCUGCUGCCGAUGCUGACAGCACUAUUCGCUCACAGUGGGCCACACGCGAUGCUGCUGCCCGUCUUGCUGUGCGUAGUCACUUCCCGUCCUCUGAGCGCGCGCACUUCAGUCAGUACAAGAGUGCUAGGACCUUGGACCACUUCCUCUCUGUUUGCCCCACCACACUCACCGUUGACCUCCUCGAGGAGCGCCUCAUGGCAGCUGAGAAGAGUAUAGUCGCUGUAGGAGCCUCUUGUGGUGGCCAUCGUGCCCCCUUCUUUGAGGGGUGCUCCCUCUCCCCCCUUUUGCCCUCUGUUGCCUCUGCUGCUGCCGUCGACUUCGUUGGCACCGAGCCGGUCGGCGCUGCGUCUGCCCCUAGCGGGAGACGCCGCACCGGCAAGGGCAAGGGCACUAGAGGGGCUGGCGUGGGCGUUGGAGGUGGCGGUGGAGGCGGCGGAGGGAAUGGGGGUGGCGGUGGGAGUGGUGGCGGGGGUGGGGGCUUCGGUGGUGACGGUGGAGGCGGAGGCGGUGGCGGUGGGAGCGGAGGAGGAGGCGAUGGCGGCGGUGGCGGAGGUGGCGGCGGCAGAGGUGGAGCUGGUCGGGGUGGCUCUGCGCAGCGGAGCAGCUUCGGUGGUGCGGGGUGGGGUGCUGGUUCUUGUGCCUAUGUCCUGCGUACCGGCGACCGCAAUGGUGAGCCGUGUGGUGGCCCGCACACCACCCAGCGGUGCUUCGGCCGCCUGACGGACGCUUGGCGUCUCCAUUUUCCUGACGCCACUGAGAUCCCCCGCUGGGGCGAGCUGCUUAGGUCGGGGGUUGCUAUCUUUGAUCUGGAUUAUGAUGCCAUUCUUGCUGCCAUGUAUGUUAUGUCUACUAGUGAUGAGGGUGACUGUUACCUGUGUGUUCUGCCUGACUCGGGCAUUGAGGCUGCUGGUCUAGGUGCUGGUGAGACAACUGCUCUAGGUGCUAGAGCGUCAGCUGCCCCAGGUACUGGUGCGUCUGCUCUCUCAGGUACCACGUCGGCUCAGGCCUUACACACCUUCACCCUUGACUCAGGUGCUUCCCGCUCCUUCUUUCGAGACCGCACCACGCUUACGCCGCUUAGUCGGCCAGUUGCGGUCUCCCUGGCGGACCCCUCUGGGGGUCCUGUCCUUGGCCACUUCUCCACUGUCUUACCGUGUCCGGCGGCCCCCUCUGGCACCCUGUCAGGUCUCUACCUCCCCUCGUUCUCUACGAACUUGGUGAGUGGUGCUGAUCUACAGGAUGGGGGGGUUGACCAGUUCACUCCUGCGAGUCAGCGGGCGACCCACUGUACGUGUGCUCGGACGGGCGGACACUUGGCCACGUUUACCCGUCAGCCGGGGUCAAGCCUGUACACACUGACUACUGAGUCUCCUCCGGUUGCUGAGUCUGGUCAGGUAGCUGCGUUGAGUCAGACUCUCCUCUGGCACCACCGCCUUGGUCACCCCUCUCUGCCUUGUCUCCGAGGCAUGGCCUCCCGUGUCCUUGUCUCUGGUCUCCCUUGGUCCUUCCCUCCCCUCCCUCCGGGGCCUGCCCCUACCUGCGUUCCCUGCGUCGAGGGGCGGCAGCGCGCCGCCCCUCACUCCUCCGAGUUUCCUUCGACAGAGGCUCUGCUGCAGACUCUUCACAUGGAGGUGUGGGGCCCCGCCCGCGUCCGUGGCCAGGGUCACGAGCGUUACUUCCUGUUGGUGGUUGACGGCUACUCGCGUUACACCACGCUGUUCCCCUUGUGCAGCAAGGGUGACGUCACUGAGGUGUUGAUUGACUGGAUCUGCGCAGCUCGUCUCCAGCAUAGAGAGAGUUUCGGCUCGGACUUUCCUGUUCUGCUUCUGCACUCUGACAGAGGCGGGGAGUUUUCCUCAGGCCUUCUGGGAGCCUUCUCUCGUGCACAGGGCAUCCGCCAGACGUUCACGCUUCCGGCCUCUCCACAGCAAAAUGGGAUUGCUGAGCGCCACAUUGGCAUGGUCAUGGACGUCGCUCGUACGUCCAUGAUCCAUGCGGCUGCUCCCCAUUUUCUGUGGCCGUUUGCGGUUCGGUACGCAGCGCAUGAGAUCAACCUUCAGCCCUGGCUGUCCCCCCGUGCUGUUCCCUGCGUCUUCCUUGGCUUCCCCCUUGACGUGCCUGGUUGGCAGUUUUACCACCCCACCUCACGCCGUGUUCUGUCCUCUCAGGACGUCACCUUUGACGAGUCGGUUCCUUACUACCGUCUCUUCCCCUACCGCACUGCGCCCCUCCCCCCACCGCCGCUCUUCCUUGUGUCAGCUGUUGACUCUGGUGCUGCUAGGGGUGCUGAGCCUGGGGGUGCUGAGGCUGGGGGUGCUGAGCCUGGGGGUGCGGAGCCUGGGGCUGCGGAGCCGAGGGGUGCUGAGCCUGGGGGUGCGGAGCCUGGGGGUGCUGGGUCUGGGGGUCCUUUGGGUGCUUCGUCUCGGCAGGAGCUACCCUCUCCACAGGAGCUGUGCGACUGGUUUGCCCGGCGCUGGAGCCGUGCUGCUGGAGCUGGAGGUGCUACUAUUGCUGCUGACCCUGGGGUCGGUGCUGGAGGUACUGGAGCCACUGGUCCUGGAGGUGCUCGUACUGGCGGUACUAGAGCUGCUGGGAAUGGGGGUGCUGCUGGGGCUGCUGGAGUUGGUCCUGCUGGAGGUGCUGCGGGUGCUGCUAGAGGUACUGGAGCUGCUAGGGGUGUUGGCGCUGGAGGUGCUGCUGGCGCUGGUACUUCUGAGGGUGCUGGAGUUGGCGCUGCUGGAGCUAGAGGUACUGCUGGCGCUGGUGCUGCCGCUUGGGGUACUGGUUCGCUCUCACUGUUACAGCCCGCCUCCCCCCUGCCUGCUCCUUCUCCCUACACUGGUCCUACUGGAGGUCUUGCUGAGCGUCGUGAGCCUGCGUCUUGUCCUGCGUCGCCUGUUCGUGCUGCUCGCACUAGUAGUCCUGUUCCGCGUCCGCGUCCUCCUGCGGUCCCAGGUACACACCAGAUGGCACUGCGUCCUUCCACUGCUCCUCUGCGUGUCCCGUUGCCGUCUCCUCCAGAGUCCUCUCUUCCUGUUCUUGCUGACCCGGAGUCUGACUCUCUUCGUGCUGCUAGUCCUACUGUCACGCGUCUUCUGGCUACUGUUGUCACGGACCCUUCCUUUGAGUCCACUGCUACGUCAUCCUUAGUUCCUGAGCUUGUCGACUUUGCUGCUCGCUGUCGUCUAGACUACACCGCUUGUCUUGUUGCUGAGUCUGAGUCUGUCUAUCCUCCGUCCGUCGGGGGUGAGUGUGCUCUUAGCGCGGACGUCCUUGAGGACAGGCAGGAGGAGGUCCAUUGUUUUGAUGCUACUUUGCCUCAUCUCGUGUCCAUGCUGAUUGCCCCUGAGGGAGACUCGGAUGCACCAGACAUCCCGACUCCUUGA